UUUCCGGUACGCGUGAACGAGUUGGUUCUAUUGAUAAAGAAGUUUCCGAUGUUGCUAUGGGGAGCUAGCUGCCAUAAAUAGAACCACAAAGGUUGUAAUGUCAUGUACCCGGCAUGUUUAAAGAAAUUGGUGAAGCUGAAGUUAAUGAUAUCGACAGUAAGAAUCCUGAAAGCUUGAUGGAAUUCGCCAUUCUUCACAGUAACUUAAACUGUCCGGAUUGUUUUCCUAUUGGUCUUGAUGAUUGUCACAGCAUAUUUGAUCGAAGUAAACGUAUUCCUAAUUCUUUCGAUUCAUAUGAGCAAUUGAUUGUUCAAUGGAUUUCAAGUUUGGGGUACCAAUUAGAUUUCUCGUGUAUCCAGUCGAUUGUGCGUUUGUGUAUUAAUGAUGCUGCAAUUCUAGCUGAGAGCACAAUGUUUGAUAAAAUGUCUGAGAGUGUGAAUUUGAGUGGUGUUGGAGUAGCAUUUCUCUUACAGCUGAAAAUUGGUAAAGUUUUUGAUCGUGGCAAAGAGUCAGAUAACAAUUUUCUUCUUGGGUCUGUAUUACUGGAAAUAUACAAUGGUGGUUUGGUUUGUGAGUUGUUUCCAAGACAUGAGUAUCAGUAUGAACUUCACUUUCUGAAUUCGUUGAGUCUUGGAUUUGUUUAUGUUGUUGAAAUUGGCGGUGGAUGGAAAUUGGGGAGUGUCAGGGAUGAUUUUCACUUUCAACUUCAAAAAUGUAAGGUGAGUAACACUACAAUAAGGGAAAUGCAUUCUGCACGCUGGCUAUAUGAUCGUGGAAAGGGGUAUUUUAAUUUUGCUGAUGCUCAUAGUCUUGUUUUUGAUACACAUAGUUCUGGUGUGAUUAUUCUUAUUGGAUGGAUAUUCUUGGAUGCUCACUGUGCCAACUUAGUUUUUGUGAUACUUGCGGAGUUUGGGCAUUGUUUAGAUUUGCUAUUUGCGUAUUCACAUAUGUCUCUGCUUGUCAAGAAUGGUGAAGAAAAUUUGGUCGAUGUAUUAUCAAAGAGAACUACAUUUUUAUUUCUCUUAUGGGCUGCAGUGGUGAGCUUUAACAAGGCAUAUAAAUGGUAUGCUCAUGUGCUGGGUAUGAAGAGAGCAGAUUUUUUUUUCUUACAUCUCAAAUGUGCAUUGCUUGAGGUCAUUGAUAGGCAAAACGGUGAUGUGCACCAGAUUAUUUUGCACCAGUUUCGAAAACUUUCAGUACUUCUAUUAUCAGUCCACAUAUAUGAUAGCACCCGUCUUUAUCUUGCAAGGAAUGAUAGUUGUCAGCAUUUUCCAUCCAUCACAUCUGAAAUUUAUGACAGAAUUAUGAUUCAACAGGGAGUUAGACAGUUCAUUUUGAGUUCUCUGCACUUGUCUUCUUUCUCUUGUGACUUCAGCAUUUUAGAAGGAGGGAGUAUUUUACAUGCACAUUACAUGCACCUCAGCUCCUAAUGGGAGUAUUUCAGAUUCUUAAAAUA